AUGAGUGCUCAAAGGCGCUGCGGUAUCUGCAGGUGGUUUCUAGACUGCAUGUGCUUCUAUCAUGAUCGAUCAUCAUCAAGCGAAGGUUCUCCUACUCCUCCUCCUCCUCCUGGCCCUCCUCUCCCUCCUCCACCUUGGGCCGCCGAGGAGGAAAUUGAGCUUGCCAACCUUCCGAAACCACCGAGUCCUGCGCCAAAAGAAACUGAAGAGCCAGCGCCUGAUGUUCCAGCGCCUAAAGCUCCAGCGCGUGAUACAUCAAUUUUAUUUCCAGAGAGGGGACUUCUCCCAGCCCGUGACCCUUAUUACCCCUUAGAAUGGUUUGAAAAUAGAGGACGCCAGCUUCAUGAGUGGAUGAGAGAUCCUGACGCAGCCGGUUGUCCUAUUGAACAAAGCACAUUGACCUGGGAACAAAUUCUAGCACAUGAAGACUGUGUUCCUAGAACUAAGCGAGAACUAGAUCUGAAGACGACCUCGCAGCAUCUCGAGCUUGCGACUUCUUACGAGCAAAGCUACCCUGAUGCACCAGAAGAAUUUGUGACAAAUGUGACCGUUGCCUUUUCUGGUAAUAGCCAUAUGGCAGGACAAUUCACUCGUAGGGCAAUAGAAAUGAUAUCUAUACAGCACCAGACCGAGCCAGUUCGACCCGGAGGUCCGACUCCUUACCACCCUCAUAUCUCUGAAAUGGUUGUAGCAGGUUACAAUGCACAAUACGGCGACGGCUCUAUUGUAGGACUUAGGGACAUUUCGGCUGUAGCAGUUCACAACGCUCAAACUAUUCGCGCUCUGACAAUGGUGUAUGCGGAACGAUUUCCUGUAUUAUACGAUGAUCCUGCGUCUCGAGAGUAUAAUCAGGCUCGGACUUUUGAUGAAGGUACGCCAGAGUUUUAUCAGAUCAUGGGGACUCGCAUUGGACGCACUAUAUCAUCUAUUGUUCUCGCAGGUUUUCCGCGAGGAACUCGUUCAAUUACUAGAAUUUGGACCUAUUUCAGUGUUGCUGUUGGUUUUGCGGAAAUUCGCUUCCAGCUGAGGGAUACUACUGGAGCCUGA